AAAUUUGUCUCUGUCUGUCAAGUUAAUAGGCGCGGCCAUGUUGGACUGUAGUGAAUAAAAUCGAAAUAUUUCGCUUUUAGGGAAACAGAAUUGACACAAUAUGCCCAAAUGCGACCUAAAAACGAGAUAUAUCCCCGCGACAUUCGCUUGGACAUUACUUUUGGGCACCACGUCUCUAUUUUUUUAUUUUCCCUGUCAAUAUUACCUGUACAAGCACCCAUGGGUUCCUGCAUACCAAGGUGUCAUAACAUUUUUUGUUUUGGCCAAUUUUACACUGGCCACUUUCAUGGACCCGGGAGUUAUACCAAAAGCUCCACCUGACGAGGAUCGCGAGGACGACUUCCGAGCGCCGCUGUAUCGCAGCGUGGAGAUCAACGGCAUAACGGUGCGCAUGAAGUGGUGCGUCACAUGCAAGUUCUACCGCCCGCCGCGCUGCAGCCACUGCUCCGUGUGCAACCACUGUAUAGAGACGUUUGAUCACCACUGUCCGUGGGUGAACAACUGCAUCGGGCGGCGGAACUACAGGUUCUUCUUCUUCUUCCUCAUAUCGCUGUCCAUCCACAUGCUGAGCAUAUUCGGCCUCAGCCUCUACUACAUCAUGAACAACAACAAAACCUUGACGCAAGUGGAGCCUAUUGUGUCAAUGGUGAUAAUGGGCAUAAUCGCACUCCUAGCGAUACCCAUAUUCGGUCUGACGGGGUUCCACAUGGUGCUGGUGUCGCGGGGUCGCACCACCAACGAGCAGGUGACGGGCAAGUUCACCGGCGGCUACAACCCCUUCUCCAAGGGGUGCUGGUCCAACUGCUGCUACACGCAGUUCGGGCCGCAGUAUCCUAGCCUGGUCCGACCGUCCAAAUACAUAUACAAGGGCGGCAAGAAGCGGCGCGACGGCGGCGUCGGCAACGCCGCCAUAUCCACCAUAGCGGCCGACCACCACGCGCAGGUAAAGACGUACACGGCGGACAACGGCACCGCGCACCGGCCGCUCGGCGCGCACGCGCACUACAACAAGCUAUCGCCGGGUCGGGAAGAACACGAGGGCGAGCUGGAAGGGCCGGGCGCGUCCCAGUCGGCGGACUGCGAGCCGACGCCGCCGCCCCUGCAGCGCCGGGGCUCCUCCGCCAACCUGUUCCCCCCAGCGGAGCCCCACCACCACUUGCCACCGAGACCGCAUCACUAUCCGAGGCUUAGCCCGCUUUCGAGAAACACGAGUCACGGCGGUACAACUACCUCAGGGUACCGGGUGGUCAUGGAGCCACUAAGGUACGAGACCGGGUCGAACGGUGGCGCGCGCCCCUCGCCGACGAUGCAGCAACGCAUCAAAGCGCUCGGUGUGCCCACGCCCUUAGCUGUCAGCAGUCCCGUGCGGAGGUCCAACCCCGGCACGCCGACGCAGCCGCGCCGCCCCGACUUCAUCGGCGUGCGCGCCUCGCCGCAGCGCCGCUUCCUGUCCGAGGGCGAACUGCUGCGCGAGGCGCCGCACGCGCCGCACGACGUGCGCGAGCUGGCCGCGUCCCCGCAGCGCGGCACCUACCUGUGGGCGGAGCGGCCCGCGCCGCCCGCCGCGCCGUCGCCGCACGCGCGCCGCCGCCCGCCGCCGCACGCGCCGCUCGCGCCCGCGCCGCGCCCCGCGCGCCCGCUGUCCUUCAUCCGCGCGCUCGAGGUGCAGGACCAGCUGGAGCGCGCGCCGCCGCCCGACCCGCCCGACCGCGCCUCCGUCUACGACUGCAACUACGAGAUCUCCGUGUGACGCAGCGCGCCGCACGCACAGUUUGACUCCCUAUACCCGAGAUAGGCCAGUCCAAAGAUUGUUCUCACACGUCACGCACAACGGACAGCGGCUCCGUACCGUGUGUGUAUUGUUUAUGUAUAUUUGGUGAGCGACUCGUAACUCUACCACUGUUCCGUAGUUCCGGACUCGUUGUGUAUAUAACUCCCCCCAGUGUUGUGAUUCGGUGGUCGCGAGCGUGAUGUUGACGCGAUCCCUUGCACGGACCGAAGACUGUAAACCGUAGCUUAGCAUUUCAGUACAUUUAAUCCGAAAUGGGAUUCGACUGAGUCGUAAAUUUGUCUCGUUCGUUUGAAUCGAUUGUGCAGAGAAAUUGUGAAAAUGACGGUCAAAAGCAAUUGUUGCUCGCUACUUUACAUGUUUAUUGUAGCGAACGAGAAUGAUUAUUGGGAGAGAAAUGUGUGCCAAAUAUUAUGUAGAUGAUUACGUAGUGCAGAUUUUUAACUGCUUCUCAUAUUUGGUUCAAUGAGUAAUACAAGGCUUGCACGUUUAAACCGACCGCAUUUAAAUUACAAAGGAAUAAUUUAUAAUCUUUAUAAAAUAAUAUUUUAUUUUAAAGGAUUGUAUAUUUUGUUAUUUUAUUGUUUAAGAAUCAUUGCGAGCUAUUAUUAUUGCUAUUCCUCUAAAGAAUUCAUAAAGAAUAUCAGCGGAAUACAAAUUAUACAGUAAUGUUUUUUGUACUGCACACAAAAAUUUUUGACGAAAAUAAUAUUUAAAAAAAAAUCAAUUAUGUCGUUACAAGAUGAUAAUUUUUAAUUUCGCAUACCUUUAUUCAUACGACUAGAAUUGACGAAAGUAAAUCGGAUUACUGACUAAAUAUUAUCGAUAAAUAAAGAUGUAGCUAGGAAAUGUGUAAAAAAAUGUAGUUUUUGUAAGGGAAUUGUGUUAAUUUAGUCCAUAGUGAAUAUAGGUUGUCGUAAAAGGGUCACAGUUAUACAAAAAAUAAGGAAUUUCUGAAACAUAAAAUAAAACACCUGAAGUUUGCGACCCAAGAUCUCAUCUCCUUCCGAAUUUUUAAUCCACACAGAUACGUACUUAGAGAUUUUCCGUGGGAAUUUAAAAUAAAUGUGGAUUAUAUAUAGUAGCGCGCAAAUUGAUAGCCAACCUGAGGUAGAGCAUUUGGGAAUUAGCAGUUUUUUUAAAUGAUAAAUAUUUUUGUUUAUAUAAAAAAAAUCUUUAUUAUUUGCCUAAAAAUAAUGAUAAAAUUGAAAAAAUAAGCGUUUAGGUACAAGUGCGAACUAUUCGCGAAUAGGUGCCUAACAUGUGUUGUAAAUUUACGGUUAUAAAGUUUUGAUAACGUAAAGGUAAAUGCCCACCGGCCAACGUCGGUAGUAGAAUCCAGGUAUACCCCCAUAUAAAAUGAAGAUGUUAUUAUGAUAUGUAUAUAAAUAAGGAUCUAGUAAAAUAAUUGGAUAAAUAAAACUCACGAUGUAUGGUCAACGAUCUUUGCUUGUACCUUGGAGACAAUUUAAAGAUGAAUUGAAAAAGAUGUCGUAAAACUUUGUAGCAAAUUUUUUUUGAUCAUUAUUGAAGUAGAAUUAUAAAGAUUUUUUUUUUGAUAUAAGUAAAUUGCUUGGUGACUUAUGUAGGCCAGGGCUGGCUAGGAUAGGACCAGGAUGGGCUUUGCCUAUAUAACCGGACAUUAUUUAAAAUUACUAGGAAAAUGACACCGUCUCCCUUGUGCUGUACCUCAGGCCCUUUGAUAGACACGUGCGUUCUUUUAAUAAAAUAAAAUAUUGAAUCAAAUUUCCGUUAAAAGUAAUAUAUAAUUUUGACUAAUAAUAAAAAAAAAACAUUUUAAGUUUAAAACUGCCAACACAAAGUUGACUUUUGUACUGUGUUGCCAUUUACAACGUGUACGACCCGUUUAGUUUAUAACAAAGAUGUAAUUUAAAUUAUGAUAUGAUAAAUUGUGUGAGUGACAUUGAAUUAAAAAUUCGCAUUUCUUUAUAUCCGAAUGGGUUAUAGAUGUAUAUUAUAAUUUACGAGUAUGUACAUAAAAUAUUUAUUGUGUCGUCUUACCAAUAAAAUGUACCAAGUCAUUAGACAAAUAAAUAAUUAUUUUAUCAUAACGCAGCACCCUCAGGACGUAUGUGACCCAAGUUUAGCCAGAACAUUACGUCGUAUUAUGUUGAUUAUUUUUUUUUAAUUAAGCUUUUUAAUUUUUUUCAAAAAAGUUUUGAUAAAUUUUCUUGGAACAGUAUAAACUUUCAAAGUCUAUUUAAUAUGGUCGGUGGAUACUUUACGGUUUGCGAAAACUUAUGAUAAAGUUCUUUUAAUCUAAACAAAUAGGAAAUUUGAAAACUAUUCAUUCUUUUGCUUUGAUUGAAAUUUUUUCAAAAUCCGUUCAUUGGCUUUUUGCAUUGCAAACUACAAUUUUGCAUUGUGGCAACACUUAUAUUUUUAUAAUUGUAAUAUUUUGGAUUGGGUCACUUUCGUUCGGGUGUUGGUUGACAUUUUGUUGAUUUUUGUUUAAGUAAGCUAAUAGGUGUAAUAGUACGUUGUAAAUAUAUUAUAUUUGCCGUUAAACGUUAGGGUUUUGUACAAUAUAGAUAUUUAUGUUUUCUAGAUUUAUUAUGAAACACAAAAUGUAACUCUUCGUGUGUAUGGAAAAUGAUUAAUGUUUAAAUGUACAGCUUAACUGUAAUAUUUGUAGGAUAACUUUGUAAAUAGUUCGUAUCAUAAACACGUAAGAUUUACUAUGUAUAGUUACUGUUAUUAAAUGUUAAUAUUAUGUAUUUUUAAUUAUGUAUUUUACAUAAUAUAUACUAUUAUUAUUUUUAUUUAUUUACGGUGCCAGUAACUAGGAUUUUUCCCUCUACCGACAUAUCAAUUUUUCAUUUUAAAUAAAUAUUUACGGCGGGUACAAAUUAUUCUUUUUAAAUACAAAAAACGCUAAAUCAAAAAUUGUAUUUUUUAAAAACAUUUGAUUUAUAUACAAUCAAUGAAUAGAAUUAAAUAAGACGAGAUUUGAAUAUUUUAAUUUAAUUCAUUAAUGAUUAUUUAAUAACUUUCUGUAUUAAAAUAUAUGGGUUGUAAAAUGUUAGUAAUCGUAUUAUGAUUUAUAAUUUUUAUUUUUAUUUCAAUAAUUACAUAGUAAAUGUACCAUACGAGUAUAAUCAAAAUAAUAGUACCCGCCAAGAAUAUAACCAAAUAUAAAACAGUUGUUGGAAAAAAACCACACGGUUUUUUUAAUACAUAAAUAAUUGAAUCAUACAACAUUGUCAUUGUUUAUGAUAUAAUUGUUUUGAAUAAAAUAUAAUAAUAUCUUUUUUAUUUUCACAUUCCGUUUUUCAAGACUUCUAGUAUCGUCCUAAACGACACUGCGUACUUAAGUUUAUACGCAUUUGUUUAUAUAGUGAUUCACCAAAAUAAUUAUUAUGAUUAAUUUUAAUUUUAAUAGCUCUGCAGGCAAUAUGCUGUAAGAUUGUUUACCAUUAAAAUAAUAAUCACACCUGUUAUACAAAUGGUACGUAGCAAGCAUUUCAGUGUUAUAGAUAUCCAAAAGUUUUAUUUAUUACCCUUCCUUAUAAGUAAGAGUGAAAUCAAUUUUUUUUAACAAAAUCAUCAAUAUGUUGCCAUUAGAAAAACAUUAUUGUCAGACUAGGAGUUAAUAUAGUGUUUUUAUAAUAUACAAUGUUAUGUACCUGUUUAAAUUUAUCUUAACUUCUAUAUAAUUAUUAUUUUGACAGUUCUGUUUUGUUCGUAUGACGUAUGUGUAAAAUAAUUAAUGCAUUUGUUAACUCUUAGUCCGACUUGUAAAUAAGUUCGCGUCCGGUUAAACAAUUUGUCAAAUAUUUAAGAACAUCUAUUCAAAACCGCAAUCGAAAGCGUACGUUACUAUGUAUUUUUUUUUUAAUAUGUUAUUCUUCUCACUAAUUCGGCUCGAAGGACCAUAUAAAAAUAGUGUGCACCGCUUCAAACAAAUCAAUAAACCGGAUGCGGCUUCAAUGAUUUAUUGUUAAAACAUACAUGCAUUAUGUUAAUGACCAUUGCUUACUGACUACAUAGUCUAUGAAAAAUAUAUGUUGAUGUUUUGAUCUGGCUUCAUGAUAGUUUGUACAGUCUGUAUCAAAUGAUUGUCAUUUACUAGAAUACCUAAUCCAAUGCUAAUAUAUAGUUCCUUGUUUUGUAUUGUUUAUAAAAAAACGUUGGCGUUGUAAACAAUGUUUUUUUUUUUUUUUUGUAAAAACGUCCUGAGUUCUGCGCACCGUUUGUAAGUUUAUCACCGACGAAUAGCAGACCGCGCUGCGUGUUCUCUGCUCGUUCUGUGUGGGGCUGCUAUGAAGUUAAAUAAAUUAGAACGCACUACACAAAACUCAGAACGCCUGAACGCUUUCCGUCUGUAAUAGUCACAUUUUUUUUUAUUUAUCUGGAUUUUAGAGGGUGCAUCCCAGUAGAACUGUUGGGAUAUUUGACUUGACUUAUAGCAUAUGAGUAAAAAACUUUAUAUUUUAAUCGAUGUUAUAUUUUGUUUAACAAAAAUAUCCUUGUGACAACUGAAAUCAAAUAAAACUAAGUUGUUUAAACCAAGUUUUAAACUAAAGUCAAUGUUUUGAAAAAAUCUGAGUCCUCCACAUCGAUUGACCUGUUAUACUUAUGAUCCAUAACGGUCUUUGACUUCCUUUGCAAUGCUGUUAGUAAUGUCGCCAAAAGCUUUCUUAAAAAUACAUUUUAAUCUUUCGUCAUUCCCAAAGUAAUCUUCAGCCAUCAAAGAAAUUAAUUGUUGCUGACGUUUUGUGCAGGCUGUAUUCGAUAUAAAUACUUUGUUUAUUUACUUCACCAUAAUUCAAAUCAGUUUGUGUAGAUACUACACCAUGAUUAUGUCUUUCAUUUUGUGUAGAUACUUUCCCUUUGUGCCAAUAUGUCUGCGUCCUACGACUUGCUAGAAGAUCUGGCGUUGCAUUAGUCGAUCGCAGACCAGAUUCAUCACGGAAAAAAUAUUCUUUUGAUGUUGACCCCAACCACAAUUUUCAAGUGUGUGAUUAUUAUUCGCUGAAAGUCAGUACAGAGAAUAACGUCAUGCCAUUAUUAUUAUAUAAUUACCUACUAUAUCAAUGAAUAUAUUUGACCAUUACAUGACCAUUUGACGACAUUUUAUUUAUAUUAUUUUUCGUAUUAAUGAAAGUCUUUUAGAUAUGUUGUUUAAAAUAACCUACGCCUGUCAAAUAUUUAUUUUAGUCCAUAUUUUUUUAAAAAUAAAAAUCAUCUGCAAAGGAGAUUCUUUAAAGAAUGGAUAUAUAGCGAAUAGUGUACCGUAGAGAACUGAUCCCUAAGGAACUCCGAUAUUAAUUGCCAUUUGAUCAGAUGAGAUAAAAUCCAAUUUAUACCUAAUAAUUGCAAUAUCAAAAGAGAUUACAUAUUAUAUAAAAACUAGAUAUGUAUUAUGUAACGAACAAACAAGAUGUUGAUUGCAAAUAUCGACAUAUCUUUAGUUUUGUCACAGAAAACAUAUGUUUUGUUUAAAUACUAGUAAGAGACCUAUAGAACUUCAGGUAUGGGGUACUUCUGGGAUGCACCCGAUUUUUACACCAGUAAUUCAGGAAUAGUAAAGAAUGUCAUUAGCAAUUAUUGUUAAGUGUUAUUUGGGUUUUCUGUUGUAGUAAAAUUCGUUGCAUUUUUGCUGCUGACUGUACCUACUUGUUUAAAUUUUUUAUUUUCCACCCAUUGUAAGAUAAGCUUUUAAUUGAGAAUUACAAAAGGUAGUUUAGUGUAUUGACUUUAUUAUAGCUCAAAGUGUGUCUGGAGUUACAUCAGCCGCGAUAUGUAAGACUAACAUGUAAAAUAAUAAUAGAACCUCCUCAGAAAUCGUUAUUACAUAUGAGUAUGUGACAGUCUUUUAUUUUUGUAUUUUGAUAAAAUUUGUGUAAAUAAUUUUCUUAUUUUAUUGAUAUUAAACUCAAUUAAUCAAGCGGCGUUUGAUUUAAUAUAAA